AUGGCCAGAUGGAAUGUGCGCACACGCUGCCCUCUUUCCUCGUGUACCAAGACAACCUCGCGGGACGCAGACAUCGAGCGUCAUCUCAAAACUCACAAAAGGGAUAAAGAGGACAUUCUGCACUGCGGCAAGUGCCCCUUUACGACGUUACAGUCCAGCAAUUUAGAAAAGCACCGCAAGGGGCAUCACUCUGGAAAAGAAAAGUAUAAAUGCUCGGAUCCAUGUUGUACAUUUGGCGCUAACACACAAGGUGCCAUCACCGCUCAUCAAAAUAGGUUCCACAAGGGUGUGACAGCCUCAACGUGGGAUACGGUGAUUACAUUCGAGAAACCUGCUCACGAACUCGAAAGCACGGUGCCACUGGAAUCCUCCGGCUCGUCGCCGUCGUAUACUUCAGACUCCCUUGCCACCAACAUCAAUGAGACACGGUUAGAAGACUCCUCCUUUCCAAACCCUCCGCCACUCGACAUAGGUCCGGCUCCUCUCACAGUAUCAGCGUAUUCGCAGGCAGUAUCCACCGAUGCGGAACAGUUCCGUAGUACUCCUUCUGCAAGUGGCUUGCAACACGACGACAAGCAUAUAUUACCAGAAGCGAAAAUCCUAUAUCCCGCAGUGAAGGCUGGCCCUCCUUUGGAUAUCGAAUCAGACCCCAUUUUUUCGCAAGGAGAAUGCUUCCCAGCAGGUGUCGACGACUCUUUUGGCGCAGUUUCGUCUUCCCACACUGGCAUCAUAGACGAUGGCUCGAUCGUGGACGUACCGGCGAUAUCGAACACGUUCAAUGUACCCACUCCUGUUCAUGUGCCAGCUAAUUCUCUCGGAUACCAACAAGAUCCCCAGCAAGUUUAUUCUGCGCCACUGCCGCGUUCCAUACCCGCCUACAGUUGCCCCGGUCUCGUGGAUUCAAUGAUGAACGCAAACACGCUCAACACACCGUUUCCCGCCUACAAUGCUGCUGGUCCCUCAGGAUACCAAUACCAACCCGAGCUCGUCACGACGGCACCUUUGCAAUACUCGGUUCCCUCUGGCAUUUAUCCUGAAUCGUACCAAACCUAUCAAGCGGCGUCUUGGAAUGCGUUAAACACGGGCAUGCCGCAACCCGUGAAUAAUGCACUAUCUGCAGUCCAAAACCAACAAUACUGGAUGCCGACUUCCUCAGUGCAGCCUUCGCCAAACUAUAUUUCAGAGUACGCUUUCCCAGUGUACGCGUCGGAACAUUUCAGCGAUGGAGUAUACGAGGGAAUUCAAUAUCGUUGAAUUCCGAAGGGGAAGAUGGGACAUUUUCGCGUCCUGGCGUGAUGGUCCUUCCUUCGUAGACGGACGAACUUUUUCUUUGCAUCAAAUCUGUUGGGUGUUAGGACAUUCCCGUUACUUACAAUCUAUGCUCUACGGUUGGGUGGCAUGUGUAUUACUUAGUUCUCUCCUCCAUCAAGGCAAAUAUAUUUCUCAGCUGUAUACUUGUGUAAUUCUCUUUAGGGUCUCUUACCUUGAACAAAAAUUAUUCGCUAAGUACUAUACAUACACAUUGUACGCCAAUCAAGUGCCGUUGAGGUACUUGGUA